AUGCAGCUUCUUGAUGAGCUGCUUGCCUCGUACGACGACGCAAAGAACGAAGAACGGGACCGGCCAGACGAAGCCCAGCGCGAGGCCGAACGAAUUGAGGCCUUGGGCAAGAAUGUAUGCGAUGAGGCGCUGCAGUCACUCGGGAAGCGGAAGGCUUCGGAUAACCAAGACACUAGCGGGGGCGGCGGAGGCGGCAGCAAAUUGCUGAAGAUCGUGUCGAUGAUGAAGGAGGAUGACAAGGCAGAACUCGAAUUUCGUAAGUUCCAGUACAUAAAAAAAGGAACUUGA